ACUCCCGGGAGCAGAGCCCAGCGGUGUGCAGGUGAGCCUUGUGCACCCCUCCUCCCACACUUGGCACGGACCUGGACCUCCAGGACAGGCCUAGUAAAUGGAGCUCAAGAGAAGAGAGUCUCCCAAUUCUUUUGUAGCCAACAUAUGAACAGAAAAGAUGAGUCCUGAUGCCUGUGAAGCCACCUUAGAAUAUCCUUUUGGAAACUUAGAUGAAGUAGGAAAUCCUUGAGCUGGGCCACGGCAGCAAUUCCAGAUGUGUUGGCAGACUGAGCAGCUCCCUUCUAGACUGUGCGCUGGGUAUCCAUAGAUGACCUCAAAAAGGGAGGAAAGAUGACUCUGAUGCCCGACCAGUACUCUUCUUGGAUCUUCGUCAAUGAGAGGACAUUCCUUACUGGGGAACAACUUAAUUCUUUAUUGAAGAACUAUAACAUCUUUUAUGCAAAUCAGGAAAAUCUGCAUAUUUCAUAUGUACAGACUGAAGAUGGUAAACUAAUUGUUGAAGGAAUGUUGGACAUUUUCUGGGGAGUAAAACGGCCUAUACAGCUGAAAAUACAAGAUGAGAAGCAAAUCCCUUCUUUUACUGAGAAAUCACCAGAUGUCUUUUCCAAAAUGGGAAUGACACGCUGGGGAGAAUUUGAUGAUCUUUAUCAUAUUAGUGAACUGGAGAGGACUGAGAUUCCAGUGUCUGAAGCAAUGAAUUCCCAGGAAGAUUAUUUAUCUUAUCACAGCAGCACUCUGAAGCCUCAUGCAGAUGCAGAGCCAGAAUCUCCAUUGCUCUAUAGAACCAUGAGUGAAGCAACCCUGGUGAGAAAAAGGAUGAAGCCUCCAAUGAUGGACAGAAAAGACAGACAGAAACAUAGAGCCUCUAUUAACGGACACUUUUAUAACCAUGAAACAUCAAUUUUCACUCCAGCCUUUGAAUCAGAAACUAAGGUCAGAAUAAACAGUAACAUGAACACUGAAGAGGUAAUAAAGCAACUUCUUAAAAAAUUUAAGAUUGAAAACAGUGCCCAGGAUUUUGCACUUUACAUUAUUUUUGCAACAGGAGAAAGGAGACGGCUAAAGAAGACAGACAUUCCACUACUGCACAGGCUCCUGCAGGGACCCUCCAAAAAGAACGCCCGCAUUUUCCUCAUGGAUAAAGAUACAGAAGAAAUUAGCAGUGAUGUGGCUCAAUACAUCAACUUUCAUUUUUCUCUCCUGGAAUCCAUCCUUCAGAGAUUAAAUGAAGAAGAGAAAAGAGAGAUUCAAAGAAUAAUAACAAAAUUCAGUACAGAAAAGGCUAUUAUACUGAAAUGUCUUCGAAGUAAACAGGUAGUAAAAACAGAGACGACAGUUUAGUGGCCGCUAUUGCUAAAACACUUCAGCAAAAUCAGAGAGAUGUUACUAUUUAAUGAGUGUAUGCACCCUAUACUUGCAGUCAUGCAAAUAUAUAUGAACUCAAAUCUGUAGAAAAUUGAAUGUUGAAAAAGCUUGUCUCUCUCAGAGGUGAUGAUGUUCACAGUAGGACUGAAAUGAGCUUGAAUUUAGUUUCAGUAGCUGAAAUAAGCCUGGAUACUGUGUAUUCCAAAUAGCUUUAAGAGAAACAAUGAACUGGAAUUUAAAUGGCGUCUUCAACUUCGCGUAGUUUAAAUGUCGUUUAGCUUGAACUGUCAAGAGAACUGGAAUAUCAACAACCAACUCUCAGAAAUGAUUCAGAAGUCAAAGCUGCCAGCUCGUGAAAUAAAACAGAAGCAUAUACUUACCCCCACCAAGAAAUCUGAUGGUGAUAGUCUUAUAGCUCCUUGAAAACUCUAAAAUUUUCAUAAAAUCUAGGGCUGUCUUUAUGUGGGUAGGUGACUUGGCAACCUGAAGCAUCAGAGCUAUAAAUCCUUUGGGAAGGAAAGGAUUGUGGACUCUUAAGACUAAUUUUCUCAUCCUGAGCCCCCUUUUUUGCUGUUUUACUGAUGACUUUUUUAAGGAUGUUUUUAGGUCAAUUGAACUAGUUUUCUUUAUUUUUCCAAACAUAUAAACCACAGAGACUUCACAUGGUUAAUCAGCUUGGCCAAGACUUGGCCCACAGUAACCAUUGUUACUGAAUGAAAUAGAGAUACAAAGGGAUAUGCAAAGCUCUAAUAGCUGAAUCUAGGGAAGGAAUCUGAAGUUCUGCUCUUUUUCUCUAAGGCAUCUCAUUCUAUAAAACAGUGCUCAAGGUAUUUACAAGUUGCUAAACCAAUUUGGAAAAAAACACAAAACACUGAGAAUGGCACAGUAUCAUCUGUGUUUUUAUUUAUGAACUUUAUAUUAAAAUGGAGUUCUAUGCAGCUUUUUUUCCAUUCUGGAAAUUACUUCCAUUUGCAUUUCUCAUAUCCAUUGUAUUAAAUUGUUUGGGUUGCAAGCUUGAUCCCCAGUAGGGGAUGUGCAGGAGGCAGCCGAUCAAUGAUUCUCUCAUCAUUGAUGUUUCUAUUUCUCUCUACCUCUCCCUUCCUCUCUGAAAUCAAUAAAAAUAUUUUUAAAUAAAUAAACUUAAAGUACCAUCAAGUACCUGUCAUAAACAUGACAAAAGAUUUACCUUUAAUAUAUUGAAAGUCUACAGAAUCCAUAAGAAAAAUACUCAAAGUGUCAGAUAGAUAAAAAAAGGCAGAUGAGAUGUAAAGUAAAAUCACAGAAGAGGAAAUGCAAAUGGCUACUAAGUAUAUGAAAAACUUGUAUCUUAACGUAAUCCAUUAGUCUGUGUCCAAUCAGCAGACAGAAACCACACAGUCAUUUAAACAGGGGUGUUUAGUAUAAAGAAUUAUUAAGCUGUGAUAGGAGAAUAACUAAAAGAUGGAAAGAGGAUGCUAAAGGGUUGUCUAUGGCUGAGGGAGGAAAAGCUUGGAACGAGGGAUUCAGAAUUCACUGGAGAAGGUGUGGUUGCAGCCCACUGGACGGAGGAGAAGUUGGCUGGGUGCCCACACCAAGCAGGGCCACAGCCACAGGGCAAGCAGGAAAACAACCUCUGGGAGGUGGACCAGCUGGGGCAGGUGGGCAGGUGUGCAGAGAGACCUGGGACUUCGCUGCAGGGGCAAGGCUCAGAUCACAUAGGGUCUGUGUCUGGAGGUCCCCAGGAAACGGUUGCAGUGGUUCUCAACCUUCCUAAUGCCGCAACCCUUUAAUACAGUUCCUCAUGUUGUGGUGACCCCCAAUUUCAUUGUUACAAAUUGAACAUAAU